UUAUUACAGGAUGAUAAUUUAUGCAGGAAUGUGUUAUUAUUGAUUCUUCGGCUGUCUGUGUGACCAUUUCAAAUUGGUCUUCAUGCUCAGCUGCUCAAGAGCUGAGUUUGGAGCAGUUGGCAGAAUUAAUCCCAUGUAAAACAGGUUCAUCUAAGAGAUCCAGAGUCAAAGCUGAAACCGACAUGGAAGUUUCAGAUGGGCUGGAUACACUUGCCAAUCUUGCCAUUCUUGGAGAAGGAGAAAAUCUCCCCCCUCCUCAGCAACCUACAACCAAGCAUCCACGGCAUAGACCUGGGUGCACAUGCAUUGUUUGUAUUCAGCCUCCAAGCGGCAAGGGCCCAAAGCACAUGCAGACUUGUACAUGCAAUGUAUGCCUCACCGUCAAGCGAAGGUUCAGGACACUCAUGCUAAGGCGUGAGAAGCGCCAGUCAGAGAAGGAAGCUGAAUCCUCAAUGAAGCAACAGAAACAACAUCCCAACCGGCCAUCGCCGGAGAAAACCCAAGUAGGAAAUGAACAACAAACAAACACUCUAGUUGUGAAUAAUUCCCCUACCAAACCAAUUAUAAAUGAUGAGGGGCCUAGUGAUGAAGCACCUGAGAGCAAAAGAGUAUCACUAUCUCCUCUGAGAGCUCCUCAGAUUGAUCUAAACAUUCAACCUGAGCGGGAGGAAGAACCAUCGCCAAAAUUUGAGAAUGGCAACAUGAUGAGGCUUAUACCUGAUGCGACAGCCUAAACAAGCACCUUCAGAUUUCAGAAGGGUUAACGAGAGGGUGAACAUUGAGUCUUAACGGAACCUGGUCAUUUUUGCAGAAGACUAGGUCCUGAUGGCACAGAUUUGCAGUGCAUAUAUAGCUACACACCUAUCCUAAAUCUAUUACCAGUAUAUACCUUCAAGAUGAGCCAGGAAGUUAUAUUCCAGCUCGGUGCCGGCGUGCAUUCCAUGUUGUGGUAAUAAUUGUUGGAAUAAAAUCUCACAAUUGCUUAGUCUUCGAUUUUUGUUUUUUGGGUUUCUUGUGGGGAGUGUGUACUCAAGCAUUCGUAAUUUUUACUGCAACUAUUCCUAAGCAACAAGGGGAGUUAGCUGUUGUAAGAAGGCAAUAUUUUAUGCAGAUGUAGAAUUUAUACACAUUAAUAGUGGAACUUGUUACAACAA